CACUGUGCCAGAAAUAGUUGCUUUAACACAAGCCACAUUAAACCAGGCUUAUACAGUCACCACCUGAUCGGAUUUUCUGCUUUCUUCAUUUUUGUUGCUCAGGCAUGGCACUGCUUUGUAGAAAUAGAUAUAGGUGAUGUUUUUUGUGGGUAGACCCAUUUGGGGUAGACUUUUACGCACUUUUACGCACUGAACUUUUACGCACUGAACACUGGAUUUGGUUAGUGUUAAGGGUUUAAAGUGUUUGGUUUCUCUCUUUCCCCUUCGGUGCCGGUAUGUUUUCCCUCUUGUAUGGACUGUUGUGUGUCUGUGCGCUGAGCUGCGGUCAGGAGGACGAUGGGAAGAGAUACAUCUGUCGGGCGAUACCUCUCAGCGGCUCGGAUGCCAGCUGUCCUGUGACUCUGUUACCAGAGCUGAGCUCCGGGAGUCAGGAAGAGGAGCUCAGGAACACCGUCAUGCAGCUGCGAGAGACGAUUUUACAGCAGAAAGAGACGAUUUCCAAACAGAUUGGCACCAUCAACGAGCUGACCACCAAGCUGUCUCUCUGCGCCUCGGCCAGCGACGACAGGAAGUACGACAAGGGGGCUUCAUCCUGGGGCAAAGAGAAGCAGAACACGAUGGGAGAUGUUCCCAGAGAUCCGAGCAUUGAUACUCUGGGGAAAACCAUGCAAGGACUCAAGGACCGGUUGGAGAACUUGGAGCAACAGCAGCUGAGGGCCAACGUAUCCGGCGCCUCGUUCCCCAGCGAGCUCCGCAACCUGCUGCAGCGUCGCCUCGGCGAGCUGGAGAAGCAGCUCCUGAAGAAGGUCAGCAACCUGGAGGAGGAGAAGAGCAUGCUGUCCAACGCCACGGCCGCCUACAGGCUGAAGACGGAGAGCACGCUGAACGCCCUGGUGGACAGGAUCAGUGAGUUGGAGAAAGGAGGUGGAGACUUUAAGUCCCCGGAGCAGUUCAAGCUGUCCCUCCCCCAGCGGACCAACUACCUGUACGGCCGCAUCACCAAGAGCCUUCCAGAGAUGUACGCUUUCACACUCUGCAUGUGGAUCAAGUCCAGUGCCAGUCCUGGCAUAGGGACGCCCUUCUCUUACGGUGUACCCGGGCAAGCCAAUGAGAUUGUGCUAAUCGAAUGGGGCAAUAACCCGAUAGAGCUGCUCAUCAAUGACAAGGUCGCCCAGUUGCCCUUGGAGGUACGUGAUGGAAGGUGGCACCACAUCUGCAUCUCCUGGACCACACGGGACGGCCAAUGGGACGCUUACCAAGACGGAGGGAAGCUGGGAACUGGCGACAACCUGGCGGCAUGGCACCCCAUCAAACCCGGAGGGGUCAUCAUCCUGGGGCAGGAGCAGGACGUGGUGGGCGGGCGUUUCGAUGCCGGACAGGCCUUCGUGGGCGAGCUGAGUCAGGUGAACAUUUGGGACCGCAUUCUGAAGCCGGUCGAGAUCCAGUCCAUGGCUAACUGCAGUUCUUAUAUCCCCGGGAAUGUGAUUUCAUGGCUGGCAACCAACGUUGAAGUUUUCGGGAGGGGAGCGUUCAAGCGGCCCUUGGAGAUGUGUCAGGACCGACUGCCCGAUGCUUAAAGCUCUCUUUACAUUAGCCGGUGUUUCCAUCCAUUCAGCUUUUUUUUUAUUGUCUGCUCUUAAUGUGAGGCAGUUUAUGGACUUCACAGUAUACAUUUGCGUGUAAGAAUUUGAUUUGCUUUGCACAGAAGGAUAUUAGAGAUUUGUGAUCCAGGCGAGAGGUGAUGUGGAGGCUGAUCAUUGACUGGUGGCUGUUUCUUUUCUUUCUUUACCAUGACUAAGGUACUUCAGUCCUUCAAUACACCCACCACCGUGGUAAAAAGGUCCCCUCAGGUAUUAGUGCUAAGACAUAACAUACAUCCUCUCCCACACACUCCUCCUUCCCUCCCUCCACACUCAAAAGCUUUGAAGUAAUGAAAAUCCACUCUAGUCCGGCACAGACGCACGCAGGUACUGCUGCUACUACUACAGGGUCCAGACUGGCUGACAGUUGACAUGUGAGUUGGUACUGCGUGCAGCGUGGGAGUAAGGAAAGAUUAAAGGUCUGGCUAAUGUUAUGUCUAUUCCUUAGCUUGGAAUAGGCUUAGAGCCAACAUCAAUCACACCAAUGAUCCUGACAUGUCCGGUCAUUUUUAAGGAACUGGAAAAGUACAAUAUGACACUUUAUCUGUUAUGUGUACUAGCUGGUAGUUGGAGCAUGUGUGCAAAAGACUUCAUUCUCUGGUAGAAAUACUUCUGUUGAUAUUGUUUUACAGCUUUCGUAUGACCUUGUUGGGAGGCAAACAUAACUGAUACCAGUGAUACUAGUGAGUCUAUCACAGUGCUUUUUUCAUUGCCUUUUUUCCAUUUGAACGAAACCCGUUUAAACGGUGAAUCAUGUUGGAAAUAUAUUCAUAGCUUCAGUGUUGUGAUAUAUGUUUACUCGUGAUUUGUAAUAUUGUCGCAGUGGAUUGUCUAACCAAGCUUUCGACAGAAAAUGGAUUUUGAAUGUACAUUAAUUAUUUCUAUGUGUAGUGUAAUGUUCCAUAAUCUCUGUCCAAACAAAAAUAUAGUUUUUUAUGUAAUUGUUGUUUUUCACACAUGUAUAAGGCAUUGUCCAUCUUGUUCUUGUGGCCUUCUUCUGGAGACUUAAGUGCCAUUAAAUGUUUUCUAAAUGUUGAAAUUCAUUUGCUUUGCCAAUAAAUGAAAAUGUGGAAAA